ACAAUAGUGAAUGAGUUCAUUUAGUUUGUGCUCGGAAUUCGUUCAUUCCGAACUGUUCAUUCGCGAACGACACGUCACUAACUGAAAGCCUUAGAAGGCGGGUGGACUAUGCUCCAGGUAUCUCUUGGACAUCGUUCGUCGGCCCGUGGGAGGAAACUGGAAACUGCGCGACAUCAUUUGGUCCUUUGCUAGGCGGAUACUCCCCACACGCGACCGGCUGCAUGCGUGGGACAUCACGUCAACUGAGGCUGCCCGUACUGCGGCCGGGCAGAAACGAACUACCAUGUGGUAUUCGAGUGCCGCAUUUCCCGCAUCUUCUGGACCUUGGUUAGGCGUUGCACGAAUGUGCUCUGUCCCGCGCGGCGUGACCAAAGGCGCCCAAACAGGCUGAGUGUGCUAGUCGCCGCGUGUGGCGCUGCAGUGUUGUGGAAGGCCCAUUGCAAGGCUGUCGCUCCUCAGCGGCGGAACACCCCUAUUUUCCUGCUGGUUCGACAACUGCGCAUUCUUGUGACUAAUAGCUUACAACGAGAGCUCUUUGCACUUGGUGGUGACGAAUUUCUACAGCGGUGGCGGUUCCACCCUUCGCUUUUGGUGCAAGGGGGCUCCGUAUCUGUUCAAGGUGUCCCUCCAUGAACAGUACCUCUCUUUCAUUUCCCAUCACUCUCCAUCGAGUGUAAAUAGUGCAUAUCCCACCUCUCCCCACUCACCUCUUGAAGCGUCUCACCUUGAAGCACCUCUUGGUUCAUGCAGCGUAGCAAUGCAUAUAUCGCCCCUGAUAGCCUAAUAGCUCAUAGAUUGUAAAUAUUGUUCUCGAGGUGCUGACCAUGGACCGUUCCAUGCCGUAUUAAAUUUUCCUAACAGAAGAAAGCACACUGUAGCUGAGAUCCUUCCCAAUUCACUGUGGGCUGUGCAACGAAAACUGCAAUGUUGCCGACGGACCUGUGUUCUUGAGGCUCUGGACGGACGGAGGCUGUGAAGAGCGACUGCCGAGACGGACUCUUCGAUGCUAUAAGGCCCAUCUUCUUGCACUUGUCGCAAACAGCUUGAGAUAGACCCUGACCGCUGCGGUAUGAUCGGGCACCAUACUGUGUUGCAAUAACUUGAUGCCUUGUUUCUUGCUGGUCAGCAGGCAAAUCAGCUAAGCGAUGUCGGGAAUGUGCUAGUUCUCCUGACGGCUGACGGAGACUCUGUCCUUGGGCAGAAUGGUCUGAAGGUUUGCUUGACCCAGACAUUUCCUGUAGAUUUUUUGUUGUGUAGAAGAAAGUGGCGAACUUGCGUUGCUAUGAUGAGCACACUUCGGCGCUUGUCGAGGCUGCGAGGCUAACCUUUCCAGUGACUUCCUUCUUUUAUUGCAUCACCUCGCGCAAUCGGAAGUAACUGUCGGUGGUCAGUCUGUCUUCGGAGACGGCGAGGGGAAAACCGGGAGGACCGUGCACCAUGCCUCAUGGGGUAACUUCGCCAAUAAUCCUGGCGGUUACCGUGGUACAGGGAGCAUCCCAAUGAAGACUACUGAGGGAUGCUCACAUGUUUUCUGUGGUGUUUCUCACGUGUUUUCUAACCCCAGAGCAGGAGGGUUAGCACACCCCUCCCUCUCCUGUGCCACCAUCAUCUCUCCUCUCCCUCUUUCACCCUCCCCUCUUCUCCCUCCCCUGGGUGCACCGAGCCGCCACUUCAGAGCAGGCUGACCGCACCUUCCCCCUACAUUCCCCCCAUGCCACAUCGGGUGAAGAGGUGCGGGGGAAAGCAGGAGAAGAAGAUCCCUCAUACACAUAAGAUAGCUCUUGGCCGUACACCAAAGGAGUGUUGUACGUAUCCGUGUGUGCUUCCCGUUCAAAUCCAAGCUUUUGUAUUAACCUUCAUCGUCCAUGCGCCUACGUGAACCGAAAACAUUGUCUGUACGCUGUUAUCGUCCACUCAGUCAAGAGAUUACAACAGGGAGAAAGCUGUAAGAAGACAUUUUCAUCGUUUAGCAUGAAGCUCUUAUGCCAUGUAUUGCUAGCGCUCUUGUGCACAGCCAGUUGUAUCUCUGCCCAGACCCGUUCAACUGCCGAGAACUCCACGCCCUUCGUAAGAGAUGUCUCAUCAACUCCGAGAUUUUUCAACGCCCAGUCGAACACAGAAACAAACUCCAAGAGUGCGCCACCCAUAGAAGUGGCGUCGACAGCGAUUCGAACAACAUCCAGUGACCCUAACUCGACCCAUGUUCCCAUGACAACCACAGAACAAAGCGGCGGUGAUGCAUCGCGUGGGCUCACUACAUCACAGCUGCUUAUGAUCGUGCUCAUCCCUCUGGCUUGUAUAAUACUAGUUGCAGCACUGGUGGCGAGGUACUUCAAGAAGAAAUCGGAUCUGAGAAGUCUCGUGGAGACGAUAUAAUGCAGCGCCCUAGGACCUGGACAAGCGGUCGACGAGGGAGAUGUUCAUGGGGGAGACAUGUUUUGGCUGUGUCACUUCUAGUAAGGAAGAUGCUGUCAAUAAAGGAUGCCCAUAAUAGUGAA